AUGAACGACUUGCUAUACCGCAUGACAUUCAACGUGCUGAAAGACAUUGGCUUUGGCCAGGCAAAUGAGGAGGUCGAAGACGGAGCCUCCAAACUCGGAGGAUCCCUGACCAUCAUUGGGCCUACCAAUCCCGCGCCCUGGAUUCUUAGAAUGGCAUUUGCUCUCUUUCCAGGAGUUUGGAACAUUCCGCACUGGUUCAAAUUUCUUGAGAUGACUCAAGGCAUCGUAAUGAAGAGGUUAAGUAGCCAGCCAGAGUCGGUAGAUAUAGCUUCGUUUUUCCUCGAGGAUGCCCAACGCAAAGAAGCAGAUAUGAUUAGCCGUGAAGCAGUCGGCGGCGACUGCGGUGUUAUACUCCUCGCAGGAAGCGAUCUGACACGCGACAGUACCUCCGGUCCGAGUCUGAUCCUUCUCUUUUACUGCCUUGCCCGAUGGCCCGAGCAUGCAGAGAAGAUUCGCCAAGAGCUACGAAAUGUGGACUACAACGACAUGGCGGCUUUAUCUGCGCUGCCACAUCUCACGGCCACGAUAAACGAGUCACUACGACUCUACCCUGCGGGACCAACUUUUGGAUCACGCGUGACUGGCCCUGAGGGUCUCAAUUGCGAUGGUGUUUUCAUACCCGGUGGCACGAAAGUCGUUGCACCACGCUGGAGUACUGGACGACAAGCCUAUGAAGCUGCGCAUGAGUUCAUCCCUGAGCGCUGGUACAGCAAGCCCGAACUUGUCAAGGACAAGAGAGCGUUCGCUCCUUUUUCCAUGGGUCGUAACAGCUGCGGUGGCAAGAAGGUGGCCAUGUCUCAGAUGAGACUUGCCGUUGCUGUACUCGUCUCCAAGUAUUCCAUUCGUUUUGCACCGGGGACAACUGAUGAGAUGAGUGUGGAAAACGACAUGAGAGAUCAAUUGACGCCACUUCCAGGUGAUUUGAAGUUGGUUUUUGAGAAAUUAGAAUAG